GCAUUCGAAUGAAAUCACCGGCAAACAAAACAGUGAAACCAGAAGGUUCGCCACUACUGCGCCUCAUUUGCAGUGCGAACUCUGAAAAUGGCUGAUCGUCCGUGUGCUGGAAACAUUCUCCGCAUCGCCGGGGCCGUGAUUCUGCCCAAUCUGGGCGGCAUCUAUAACGGGCGGCUGACCAGGCAGCAUCUCCAGAGCUGGUACGCCAACCUUAAGUUCCCGUCCUUCAAGCCGCCCAACUCGGUCUUUGCGCCGAUGUGGAUCUCCUUGUACGCGGGAAUGGGCUACGGCUCCUACCUGGUGUGGCGUGAUGGCGGAGGCUUCGCCGGCGAGGCGGCCAAACUGCCCCUGAUCGCGUACGGCACCCAGCUGGCCUUGAACUGGGCGUGGACGCCCAUUUUCUUCGGGCAGCACAACAUCAAGGGCGGCCUUAUUGACAUAGUUGCACUCACGGCCGCCGCGUCCGCCUGCGGCGUUCUGUUCUACCGAGUGAACAAGACCGCUGGAUUGCUCUUCGUACCCUACGUCGCCUGGCUGGGAUUCGCGACGGCUCUGAACUACGCCAUCUGGAAGCUGAACCCGGAGAAGGAGCAGGCGCCCAAGGACGAGGAGAAGCCCUCUAGCAGCCACGCUAAGUCGAGUUAAGCCCAGGAUAAACGAAAAACAAGUAAUUUUGGGUGUCUUUCAUGCAAAUUGCAGGGCUUUCCGACCUAUCGAACCAGGGCUGGGCAAAGUUGGAUAAAAUAUCGAUAAGCAGUGCCUCCAAUGGGGCGCUAAAUUCAAAGUAUCAUAUGCUGCUGCACGUUCAAAAAUUCCCUAUGUGUUAUGUGUUAAUAAUAAAUUAAAGAAUCGU